ACCUGAUGCUAACUGCGCCUUGUGUCUGAUUCAGACAGAUCCGACUCGGCCUCGCCCUUUUGGAGGGCCCCUCCUCGGGACACCCCGCCUCCAAAGAAGACAACACGCGACUCGGGCCUCGUUGUCGGCGCCGCAUAUUCCCAUGCAGACAUGCUCAAGAUCGAUUCUUUGUCCCUUUCGAAUUCGGGCUCGCGCCCAAUGACCCCUCCGUCCGCGACUUCGGGACACGAACGAAGCGCCUCACUGAGCUCUGCGUCGCGCCAAAGGAGCUCCAAGUCGCCACCGCUCAAGACGUACAUGAACUUCCUUUCAAACACCAACGAUGACUGGACUGUGGACGAGGAGGAGGAAAUGUACGGCUACGAGUCGGACGACGGGGAUGACUUCGGCCUACCAAGCCUGUCUAACAUGAAGAGGAGGACAAGACGGAUAGCAGAACAGAGUAGGGCACAAACCGACAGCGGCCUAGGUCAUGACAGUCAUGGCGACGCGGUGGGGGAGCAACCCCGCCAACGAAGGAACUCCGACAGUGCAGACAUUGCUAUUGAGCGGCCGACACCAGCCUAUCCCGUGCCCAAGAAGAGCGAAGGGAAGAUCCUGCGACCACAAUACAAAGACAUACUGCGCGACCCUGCCAACGCCCUCCAUCUCAUCAACUACCCAUCGAUCCCGCCCAACGCGACGCCCAAGGAAAUCGACGCAAUCAACUCCAGGAUAACAAGGAUAAACAAGUUCAAGAGAUUAUUACAAGCAUCAACAAUACCCCUCUCCGACCUCCGGGCGCUGGCUUGGUCCGGUGUGCCAGAAGAGGUUCGCGCGAUGACCUGGCAGCUCCUCCUCAGCUACCUCCCAACUAGUAGUGAGAGGCGGGUAGCGACCCUCGAGCGGAAACGGAAAGAGUACCUGGACGGGGUGCGACAGGCCUUCGAUAAGGGAGGCGGAGGAGGAGGUGGUGGGGGUGGUAGCAGCGCCCCAACACCCUCAGCCCGCGGCGGGCGCGGGCUAGACGAAGCCAUCUGGCACCAGAUCAGCAUCGACGUGCCGCGUACCAACCCACACAUCGAACUCUACGGCUACGAAGCUACGCAGCGCUCGCUGGAGCGCAUCCUCUACGUGUGGGCGGUGCGGCACCCGGCCAGCGGCUACGUGCAGGGCAUCAACGACCUCGUCACGCCGUUCUGGCAGGUCUUUCUGGGGACAUACAUCACAGAUCCGGACAUCGAGAGCGGCAUGGACCCGGGGCAGCUUCCCAAGACGGUACUAGACGCAGUCGAGGCCGAUUCCUUCUGGUGUCUGACCAAGCUGCUGGACGGCAUCCAAGACCACUACAUCGUGGCGCAACCGGGCAUCCAGCGGCAAGUGUCCGCGCUACGCGAUCUGACGGCGAGGAUAGAUGGGGGGCUGGCGAAGCACCUAGAGAAGGAAAACGUCGAGUUCAUUCAGUUCAGCUUCCGCUGGAUGAACUGUCUCCUGAUGAGGGAAAUCAGCGUGAAGAAUACGAUCAGGAUGUGGGACACAUAUAUGGCCGAAGAACAAGGCUUCUCCGAGUUCCACCUCUACGUAUGCGCCGCCUUCCUAGUGAAGUGGUCCGACAAGCUGGUGAAGAUGGACUUCCAGGAAAUCAUGAUGUUCUUGCAGUCGCUGCCCACGCGCGACUGGACCGAGAAGGACAUCGAGCUUCUACUGAGCGAGGCCUACAUAUGGCAGAGCCUGUUCAAGGGGUCGUCGGCGCACCUGAGAGGUCCGGAGAACCGGGUGCCUAGCACGAAUUUCCAGUUAUGAGGAGUGGCUCGAAGAGCGGACAUGUAUGAAUUUUAAUGAUCGAGCUUUUCAGGGCGCAUAGCAUACCUACGUAACAGCACAGGCGAGAGCAUCUCAGAAACGGAUAGAUAGGAUAGCAGUUACUAAUACCCGGGAAGUGCCACCGGUCGAAGGCAAAAAGGCACAACAACAAUCAUCUGUCUGAUUAGUUGUAUUUUUCUGUGUCUGUAACUCACAUCGUCCUUGCGCCCCUAUCCCAGAACC